AUGGAGGAAGAGGCAACGAAAAUAAUGUCUGCCUACUGUUCAGGCAACUAUGGUGCAGUCGAGGAAGCACUCAAACGCAUGGAUAAGGACUUGUUCAAGCACGCCGUUCGCCGUGCACGGGAGCUCGGGAACUCGGCCUUUACCAACGGGAAGUACAAAGAGGCCAUCAAGUAUUACAAUGAGGCCCUUGCUGGCGAAGAAGCUUCCGAAAAGCACUCUCUACUAUCGAAUAGAUCGGCUUGUUACUUCCUUCUUGGUGACAACGAAAAGGCUCUCGACGAUGCUCGAACUUGCAUACAGCUGAGACGAGACUGGCCCAAAGGUUGGUUCCGAGCAGGGCGAGUCUUGUUCGCGACUGGAAAGUACAGCGGAGCAGUGUCGGCUUUCACAGUGGCGAAAAGACAUGAAGUGGACGCCAUGAAGCUGAGGGAGCUAGACCUUUGGAUAGAAAAGUCAGAGAAGUUGGCGCAUAAAGCAAAACUUGUGGCACGCGUCACAACUGAGUACAGUCGCUUCGAUGGCAUCGAAGACCCUGAUGAGGAACUGGAUCCAGCUCUUUCAGCCGAUGCCGAUACAGGAGGGUGCCCCAUUGAAUUCAGCGAGCAACUGUCAGAGAAACAGAGACGCCAGCUUGAGAUGUUCCUUACUGCUGAAGUGGCCAAGCAGAUGCUGCACCGGAAUGGAGUAUCCAACGUGGUUAACGUCGUUCGGCAGCGAAUAGAGGGGAUGGAGUGUGCAGAUGAUACUUCCGAUCCACUGGACCACGUAACAAAGGAUAUGAGCCACAAGGCUCAGGUGCUCGUAAUUGAUCACAGUAUGCUAGACGAAGCCCUCCUUGGCCGUCGUCUCAUUCCUCAAGUCCGAUUUGCCCGUAAACACCUUUGUCGACAUGACGUCGUAGUGUAUCCCAGCAGGGCGACGGUAUUUGUUGAGGCCUUUUCCGUUACUCUGCCUCCGACAACAACCGGCUACCAGUGGGGUGCGGUUGAAGCAGCCGUACGCUGGAAUCCGUACGCAGAACCAACUGCCCUUCAGGUAGACCAGUUUCCUCGUCCGGAUGGGUCACGGAGUAGUCCCUAUCCGGUGCAUAACGGCGACGUUGCUCUGCCCCUCUCGGAUCCUCAUCCAGUCUUCCACUUCACGUUUGAUGGGCGGAUCGAAGAGUUAGAUCAGGACUUGCCCCUUCACAGGGAAGGAAAUAUCGUUUUACCGUGCACUGAGGCGGGAGUGCUGAAUGCCUUCGUAGUGUGGUACCAACUCACUUCACGCCACAAGAAAGAUGGGGCAGUUAGUGAUAAAGACAGAGUGCAGAGUGUCGUGUUGGAUGGCGCGCCAUAUUCCAGCUCUGUCUCCGCCGGUCGCCGGCCUCUACAAAAUGAUUUGAAUGGCAGUGCUUGCUCAAUGGGAGCUGCGUGGCGGCAAGCUGUGUUCUGGAUCGACCCUGUAACCGUGGAGAAAGGUCAAGUGCUUACAGUGCAAGCAUCUCACACCUCCUCACGGCUGCGAUUCAAACGCGUGCAGCAGAUUGCGAUUGCCCGCUAUCACCUCGAUCUCCUCCGCGAUCCUCAGCUUCUCGACCAUCUAGAGAAAGGGCUUGCCCGUGUCGCAAGGACACAGUUGGAAAAAAUCAAAAAACGAAUGAAGCGAUAUGAACAGCUUGCAUGGUCCUCCAAAGCUGAAGAUCUCCCCGAGCCCCCUUCCCUCUCGAUCCUGUGCGUGGGAGCGGCCCCUGCACCCUUGCCGUUCCUUGCUGGGCACGCCGCCGCUGGCGAAAUUGUCCGGGCGGAGGGUUGUUCGGCGAAUGCUUGGCAACAGCAGCCCAACCGGCUUCCGCGGUACCACGUCACUGUCGUCGACCCUUGGUCAGGAAGCAUACGAACCUGCAGGAAAGUCGCAUCCGAGAACCAUCAGCUUCUUUUGGAGCAGUGCCUCGCGCCAACCUUGCCGGUGGUCACCGAUACCAAAUGGAGGCCUGUGUCUGAUCUGAACGUCGGAGAAGACCAUUCCGGAGAACAGCAGCCUUCGUUGGGGGAGAAACGAGAGCCGUCGAGCUGCAACAGUCUCGAAGAACAAGUCUGUCGAAGCUCAUCGCCAGGCUGCGUGCCACCUGAAGAAGCUGGAACCACAAAAGAGGGUCAUGGCCCACUUCUAAAAGCAAAAGUGAAGGAACGGUUUUCUUUCGUAGAGAAGGAUGUGCGCCAGCUCAAGCCGCCUCGCGGUGAGGAGGACGCUGUAGCUUUACUAGCGCUGGGAGAACUGUAUCAGCUUCCACCCGGUUCUGAUAUCAAGGCGCAACUGGACCGUUACGACGAGGCUGAUGCGGAAGGAGCGGAAUCCUGCAGGCUUGCCUCGUCUGCCCUCAUGUGCGUUUUGGGGCUGUUUGAUUACGGAUGUUUGGGAGAAGGUGCUCUCCCUCUUUCUAAGUUCAUCGCCAAGGUGCUGAUGAACAAACGACAAGGAGUCUUUGUUCCUCGGCGGGCAAAGGUUUUCGCCGUCCUUGUUGAGCUUGGCAAGGCGUCGGUAGGAGAUGCCGAUGUGGAAGUGUGGCGCACGUAUCGAUACAUGCCGGAUUAUGGAGGUGUUGAUCUGGACGAGGAAACGUUCGUACCACUUGGCGAUCCUUUUGAAGCUUGGGACUUUGAUUUCUGUACGUGUUAUCGCACUGGCCCUGCUACCAACGCGACAGCCGGCGGAAUUCAGUACUGCGAAUCGCCUGGCGACAGAAGAGGCAAAAUGAGGCAACCGACAAUGAAUACAAAAAGUUUAAUGGAGGCUCGCUUGGUCGUGCAGGUGCUCAAGUCGAGGUCCUGUCUCGGAGUCCUCCUGCCACUGACAGAUAUGAUUCUCAGAGUACUGCAGAAGGCCAGGCCUAUCGCCUGA